GAAGUUUUUGUGUUGUAAAUUUUCGAAAGAAUGUAAAUUAAAGAUAGUCAAUUUACUUGAAUACUUGAUUUUAUCAACCCAGCAUGGUUCUUUGAAUCCUGAGAUGGACCGUCUUCCUAUUCAGCUGGCUCUCGUGGAGGUUAUUAGAACACUUCUUUUUUGCACAAGAUCAGAAGAUAUUCAAAUGACACCUCUUCAUCUUGGAAUUGAAUUAAAGUCCAAAAAGAAAGCUUGCCAAGGCAGUCAGAAGAUAUUUUAUAUAAGAGUUUCAUCUAACUCUGAUGUCAGUUUCCAAGCUUUACUUAAAGAUGGAUACUUACCUACUUUUAUUAAAAUGGUACUAGCAAUGCAGUGCCAUGAAGAAGAAGCUCACCUUUCUGUGCAGCAGUCUGAUGCCACCAAUGUGAAUUUAAUCACACAGAAAAUUAUAUGGCUAUCUCAAGAAGGUGACAAGAUAAAUGUUGACUGUCGGCAGACCUCUACUGUAACAAAUUUGGACAGUAUGGAAUGUGAUAACUUUGUCAUUCAUUUUAGGGUAGUCCAGCCAGAAGAAUAUAUACUAUUGGAAGGUCAACAAUUUUGCAAGUUUUUGUAUUGGUUGAAGUUUUUGAAUCCUUUGAUAUCCAUAACUUUUACUAUGAAAAUCUCUGGUGCGGUUUGUAACACUGAUUUCAGUUACAAAACAACAACUGCUUUUCAAAAUCUUACUCUCAUAAAUGAUCCUGUCUACUUAUUAUGGCACUCCAAAAGUAAAGCAGCUGGUAAAGUGUUUUGUUGCAGUGGCAACUCUGUGAGUAUGGAAUAUGUAGAUAAGUUCACUGGUUCUACGUCGUCUCUUUGCAUAUCCUCCAUUAUUUGCUUCCUUCCAAUCUGGAAAGAACCUUCUCAACAUUCCAGCUGGACUGGAAAAUUUUUGAUAACAGUCUAUGGGCCACAAUAUGUCCCUCUUCAACUGCAUUCUGCUAGUGUAGAAGACUUCCAUUCACUGAUUAACUGGAAUAGAUUUGCUUUUGUUGUUAACAAAGUCCAACCAUGUUUGAAAGAUUGUUUGCAGUGGGAAAUUAGGAUGGAUGCUGAAAUUGCAGAUCAACUGAUUUUACCUAAGACUCCAAGCACUAAUAGCUUUUUGCUACAUAUUAGCAUUAUUAUAUCCAGUAAGAAUGCUUGUAGCUCAAAAUAUGAUGCUCAGUUGCAUACAAGACUUUCUGCAGAUGAAACUCUGUUGUCUUGGCAUGCAUUGAAAGAGAGUGUCGAAUCAUCAUUUCAGACAUUUUGUCAUCUAAAAAAUGGUGAAGAAAAUCCUAAGAAAAUAGCCCUGUUGACAAAAACGAUACCUCUUAUAAGCAAAGCACUCUGUGAUGUUGUUUCUCUUAGUUGUAAUGCUGAAUUCAGAUUAGAAAUGCAAUGUGUUACACAGACAGAUUGCCUGGAUGCUAUGAGAAAGGACCUGACUAACAGACUGUGGAAACUUUCAAACUGUCAAGAACCUGUUCAUUGCAAUUCACAACAGAAUUAUGCGCUGAUAGGACCAGAGGAGGACGAUAUUCCUGUAAUUGACAGCUGGGAAGAACUGACCUCUUGUUCUCCUAGUCAACAAGCUGAUCAACUGGAAGGUCAGAGCAGUUUUAUAGAAGAGACGAAUCAAGAACCAAUGAGACCAUCUGCUGAACAGGAAAUUGGCAGUGCAAUGCCUUUACCAGAAGAAACUGAGAUUCAUCAGUUUCCAUUAGAUCAAAGUUUUUUUGAUGAUUUGGAAAUUGAUUUUUCAAGCAUUACUGAUAUUAACGAGGUAGAUCCUUCAUCUGAAGUUGUUAAUAAUAACAUGGAACCAGAAGAAUCAUCUUUAGAAAUAAUAGAGAAUGACAACAAUACAACUACAAAUCAGACCGAUUCUGCCUGGUAUAAUGAAGUGAUGCUGGAUGUCGCUGAUUGGAUAUGAUCUUUAAUGAAUUUUGUGUUUGUUUUUGACUAUGUUGGCAUUCUAUAUAAACAUGUUAGUUUGUAUGUUCAUAAGAGUAUGCAGGGCAUAUUGUGAUCAGGUAUUUUUCCAUCUGUUUAUUAGCAUUUUCGUUUUCAUAUUAAUUCAAAUUAUAGAGAGCUCUGGAGCAGCGUGACACUGUGACAGGGUUUAUCACUCGGAUAAUAUUUUUGUAUUUCUUACCAUUACUAUAAUGUUUUAUAUUAACAACAUUGCAUGUUUGUCGUAUACAUGGACAAGUAGUUUAAGCGACUAUCCUGGCUGUGCUACCACUGUAGGAUGUUUCCGACUAACGGUGCCUUUUUUCGCGACUUAAAUUACAUAUCACGGGCGUUGGAAGGUACCAAAUGUGGGGAGGGGGUCACACACAUGAUAUAUAUAUAUAUAUAUAUAUAUAUAUAUAUACCAUCGCUGUUGCUAAAAAGUGGAGGGGCACAUGCCACCACCACCCCACCCCCUGCUUCCUACGCCAGUGCAAAUUAAAUACAUUUUCUUGUUCACAAUACCAGGAUCGGUAUAUCCAAUGUGUUUGCUAAAGUUUGUAAUAUUUUGUGUUCCUAUUAAUUAGUAAUAUAUAUGUUUUCGUACAUACGAAAUUAUUGAAAGUUAAAAUCCGGUUUGAGCAAAUACAAUCAUUAGGAUGACAACAAGCAUUUUGUUUAAAUACAGAUACUGAUAUUCUAAACAGGAUGAUAUCUUUAAUAUGUAAUUUUAUUCAUAAAAAAAGGAUCUAUUAUAAAUAUGUUACAAUGGACAGUCAGUUUACAAUUAAUUGUAGGUAGGAGGUUGUAUGCUAUGUGAUAUUGAUCUUGGAGAAUUAGCCAGGUAUCGUGUAUAAUAUGAAUUAUGAUGUGAUAAAAAAGAAUAUAUUUUUAUUGUUUUAUUUGGCGUUAUAAGGUUUAACUUUGGUGACCUUGAAAUGUCAAGAAUUUAUCUUCUAAUAGGUUAUGCAAAUGUAUUGAAAUAAUUCAACAUAUACAACCUUAUUCUCUUGAUUAUAAUAAUACCUUGAAUUCUUUAAGUAUUGUACAUGUUGCCUAUUGAUAAUGUGUUGGUAGUAAAUUGUAAUAAAUCCAAUUACAUUA